UACCUCCCUUAGAUUACACAAGAACAAGAUUACUCGUUGUUGUACCAAAUGGAGCUCAACACCAGAAGGUCUAGCAACAGCAAGGGCAAGGCCAAAGCCAUGGCCAAGAUCGUGGAAGAAAAGGAGGAGGAGGAGGCUGAAUAUUUCAGCUCAAGCGGUUGCGGCUGCGGCUGCUUCCUCUGCGUUGUCAAGCAGCCGGACGCCCGGCUACGCCGCGCCAGCCUUGCGGCCUUCUUCAGGGAGUUGCCUUACUGCGAGGAUGACGGUGGCGGCAGUAACGGCCAGUCAUGUGCAGCGGCGGUUGGCGCCGUAUGGCGCGCGGCCAUGGCCGCGCCCGACGACCCGGAGCUCCCGUCACUCGGCGCGAUCCGGUGCAUGUCCCUCCUCCUCGCCCGCGCGCUCGCCGACGCGGCGUGGUGCCGUCGCGGCGACAACGUGUAUGUGCCGUACUACGCCGCCCACGUCAUCGGCUCGUACGCCAUCCGCUCCUCUGCGCACGCCGAGCUGGCCGUCGCGGCUGGGGCCGUGCGUCCCCUGCUGUCUCUCCUCGGCGGCGCCAUGACGUGGGUCGAACAGCGCGCGGCAGCACGCGCCCUGGGCCACCUUGCCAGCUACGACGCCACGUUCCCUGACGUUGCGCGGCACGCCGCCGACGCGGUGCCUCUCGCCGUGCGCGCCGCGUCCACCUGCAUCCGCGACGUCUACGCGAACUUCGUCGCCCUGGCACCGAGCAGGCGGCCUAAGUACCAGCGGGACCUUAUGGCGCGAGGUAAUGGCAGCGGCGCCGACGCCGAGGACCGGAAGGCGGAGGAGUGGGCGAGCCAGCUCCAGUGCUGGUCGCUCUACUUCCUGAGCUGCCUCGCCUCCAGGGACCUGUCAUCUCAUGACAUGAUAUGCCAAGAUGCCGUGUUCUUGCGCGAGCUGUCCCUGAUGUGGGGCGGCCUGGCGAACGGCGACUCGCCAGCCGGCGUCGGGCUGCUGCGCCUCCUCUGCAGGAGCGCAGUCGGCCGCGGCGCCAUCGCGGCGUGCCGCGACGCGCUCUCCAGUCUCUGCGACCUCGCGCGGUCCUCCGACGACUGGCAGUACAUGGCCAUCGACUGCUUGCUCCUCCUCCUUGAGGACCGCGACACAUGGCACGCUGUUGCUGAUGCCACGGCGCCGUGCCUCGUUGACUUGGCCGAGCUCCGGCACCUCGGCCCAAGGCGAUGGCUCGGCGAUGCCAUUGCAAGUGCACUUCUUCUUGAUGAUGAUGACUAUGUCGGUGGCCGUGAACUAGGCGUGGAAGCAAAGGAAGUGAUUGCCAGCUUGAGGGAACUGAAGGUAGAGAGGAAGGAGAGAGAGGAAGCAAUGCCUAGGGAUGAGCUGCUCAGGAGAGAGAUCCUAGCGAAGGAGAAGAAGAGGCAAGGCAAUGAGAGGUUCUUGCGCGGCGACGUGGACAAGGCGAUUGAUAUGUACACCGAGGCCUUGGAGCUGUGCCCCUUGAGCAGAAGGAGGGAGCGGCUGGUGCUGAACAGCAACCGUGCGCAAUGCCGGCUAGCGCGGCGCGAUGCUGACGCGGCGGUGAGCGACGCGACGCGCGCGCUCGCCCUGGCGAGGCCGGUGAACGCGCACGCCAAGAGCCUGUGGCGCCGUGCGCAGGCGUACGACAUGAAGGGCAUGGCCAGGGAGAGCCUUCUGGACUGCUUGGCCUUCGCCGGCGCGUGGCUCGACCGCCGGCGGAAGCACUCGCGGAGGGCGGUACGCGGCGCCAACCCGAAGCUGCCGUACUGCGCCGCGCGGAUGAUCAGCAAGCAGAUGAGCGCAACAGGGCUGUUCGCCGGCGUGGCGAUGAGCGGCAACAAGGUAGGUAGCGAUGAUUGCAUGCCACGGGGCAGCGAAGACGACAACGGGGACGACGAGGAUGAUAGUGAUGACGACGACGAUGAAAGCGAGGAGGAAUUUGUUGACAAUGCAGGAUUAAAGAUUUGCACGUCAGGUAGGGAUUUGCCGAUCAUCACGGGAGAUGUUUGGAGGAGGUUGUCACGGAGAACACAGUGCAAAUCGUUUGUUAUCUCAUGAUCCACGUUGUAAGCUAGCUCAGUGAUAAGCGAUAACCGUAGUGAGAUCAGGACUUUAACUGCGGUUUUUGCCAGAAUCAGAGUUCAAGUGAUAGGUGCAAUGGAUAAACUUCGAUGCAGAU